CAUCAUCAGCACUUCAGAUGAUGAGGAGGGAUCAACUUUGCUCUCUGCUUUAAGAAACGGGGACCUGAAUACGAUCAAGCAUGUAAUACAGCCAAUUAUCGAGCCUUUGAUUCGCAGAAUUGUCUCUCUGGCUCUGUCUUUUCUCUCUGUCUCUCUCGCUGAUAAUAAUUGAUCAAGCUUCUCUCUAGCAGAUAAUAAUUGAUCAAGCUUCAUCUGAACUAUCAGAAAUCUGACUGCAUGAAUCUGUUUUCCAGUCUUUACAAAACCAACUACUUCGGGUAAAAGAGGAAUUUAAAUCGGUGCAGGAAAGGAUUUUGACUAGUAUGAAUCAGAACUCAGCAAAUAAGAUACAUUGUUCUGAGCCAAGAAGCUUGCAACUACGGUUCCUAAACAAACUCUCUCCGCUGUUAUUGACAGGAAGAAAAGUUAAAGGAGAAAACUGUUGCUCUGUCAGAAUAGAUUUAGUUGAUGUUAUUACAAAGCAAGUUGUCAAAUUUGGGCCUGAAGCCUCUGCAAAAGUGGAAAUUGUAGUUCUUCGGGUAGAUCCUGAUAAGGAUGAAGAACAUGAAUGGACACAAGAAGAAUUCAACCUAAAGAUUGUUAAAGAAAAUGAGUCUAUUCUAACUAGAAAUGCAUUUCUCAAUCUGAAAGAAGGCAUUGGCUCAUUAGAUGAGAUUUCUUUUGCGCAUAGAUCAAGUUGGAUGAAGAAACAUGAGUUUAGGCUGGGGGCACGAAUUGUGAAUAAGUUUGACGGGACUAGAGUAAGAGAAGCAAAGUCGGAGCCCUUCUUCUUAGAGGAUUGCCGCAACAAAUUGUACAAGAAGCACUACCCUCCGUCUCUAACUGAUAAGGUAUGGCGGCUAGAAAACAUCGGCAAAGGUGGCUGUAUUGAUAAGCGUCUAAGUAAGGAAAACAUCAUAACCGUGGAGGAUUUUCUAAAAAAGUUUGUUAUAGACCGUCAAGGGCUCCGAGAUAUCCUUGGCUCUGCCAUGCCUGAUAAGAAGUUGGAUGUCACCGUGAAACAUGCUCUGACCUGUAAACUCGACGAGAGAUAUCUCUACCCUCCUCCCAGUUCUCAACAAAAAACACGCAUAGUUUUCAAUGCUGUCGGACAAGUAUUGGGAGUAUACUCUGAAUGCCAUUACACUCCUAUUGAUGACUUGUCUGAAACAAAAAAGGCCGAUGCACAGAAAUUGGUAGUAUCUGCAUUUGAACACUGGGGGCAAGUGGUCCCUUAUGAUGAUAAUUCGCUAUUACGGAAUGCACUUUCCCCUUCAAAUUUAACCUGGCCACAGAGUCCUAGUGGCACUAAUGUUUGUACAUCGCACGUGAUUGCUGAAUAUGAUCAUACACAGCCAAGCACUUCUCAGGGUAUCAUUUCAUCCAAUGAUUUCAUUACAACUUCUCACAUGAUUGAUCCUGGCUUGUGUACUAUUUGUAAUAUGGAGUUCACAUAUGAACCUUUGGCAGCCCCAGUGUUUCAAUAUGAGCCUUCAGAAGCCCCACACCAAGCUCCAAACCAGAUGUGGGAUCUAGAGUCCAUGAUUCGAGAUAUUGUUCAAGAUUUUGAGGAAUCUCAGGCUGUUGCCAUCGAUGAAGCCCAAAGCAGAAAAUGGGUACAAAUGUUCAUUGUGCUGAAAUUCUCAGUAAGAAUGAUAACCAAGGUUUCAGGUCAUGUUCGGAAAAAGCAGAGACUUCAUUAGUGGACUGUGCAUAAAGAAUGCUUCAAUCUACCUUCCAUAGAUAAGACUUCUAGGUGCUGCCCGGUAAGGACUGUUGUGCAGUUGUAGAGUGUGACAAGUUUUAUUUUUAUUAGAUUUUUAAUGACUAUCAUAAACCACACUUAUGUUCUGGUUAUGUUUUAUGUUGGUUGUUUUGGUUAAGGUCUUGUUUGGAUGCAGUUGUUUUACUACCUUACAUUCUAGCUUAAAGCUGCCAGUUGGUAUUUCUUAAUUUCUUUAUUUUAUCUGUGCUUUAUGUGUAGUGAAGUACUAGUUAUGCAUGCUAGGCAUGGACAAUACAUCUAUAAUAGCUUUUAAUACCCUACAAUGUAAAAGAAUACUCUUUAUUCUUGUAACUGCAUUGCAUUGUGGUUUGACAUUUUUACA